UGUCGCCAUGGAGAUAGGGCAGGCUGCGUGCUCGGCUGCCAUUGGCUGGGGACUCCCUGGCUUGAGGAUAUAAACCAGCGCCCUACGGAACAGCGCACUCAGUGCCAACCACAGCCAGCGAGAGCGAUUCAGCGGAGUGUAGUACUGCCGGCUCACCGAGAAGGCGCAGGCGGGACCAUGGAGAAAAUGUUCACAUAUGAAGAUUAUCAGAGCACUGCAGAAUGGCUUCUGUCCCACACCAAGCACCGACCUCAAGUGGCAGUGAUCUGUGGCUCUGGGUUAGGAGGUCUGGCUGAUAAAGUAACUCAGGCCCAGGCCUUUGAAUACAGUGAGAUACCCAACUUUCCUCAAAGUACAGUACCAGGUCACGCUGGACGACUGGUGUUUGGGUUCCUGAAUGGCCGAGCCUGUGUGGUGAUGCAGGGCAGAUUCCACUUUUAUGAAGGCUACCCGCUCUGGAAGGUAACGUUCCCAGUGAGGGUUUUCCAGCUUAUGGGUGUGGACACCCUAGUGGUCACCAAUGCAGCUGGAGGGCUUAACCCCAAGUUUGAGGUUGGAGAUAUCAUGCUGAUCCGUGAUCAUAUCAACAUGCUUGGUUUCUCUGGCCAGAACCCUCUCAGAGGCCCCAAUGAUGAAAGGUUUGGCCCUCGUUUUCCUGCUGUGUCUGAUGCUUAUGACCGCAAUCUGAGGCAGAAGGCUCACUGUGCCUGGAAACAAAUGGGGGAGCAGCGAGAGCUACAGGAAGGCACCUAUGUGAUGGUGGGAGGCCCCAACUUUGAAACCAUUGCAGAGUGUCGUCUGCUGCUCAACCUGGGGGCUGACGCUGUCGGCAUGAGCACAGUACCAGAAGUUCUAGUUGCACGGCACUGUGGACUUCGAGUUUUUGGCUUCUCUCUCAUCACUAACAAGGUUAUUAUGAGUUAUGAAACUGUAGAGAAGGCUAAUCAUGAGGAAGUACUGGAAUCUGGGAGAAAAGCUGCACAGAAAUUGGAACAGUUUGUCUCCAUUCUCAUGGCUAGCAUUCCACCCUCUGACAAUGCCAUUUGAGCAGCCUUGAAGUGGUCUGGCCAGCCUCUCCACUAUGGGAUCUAAAUAGCUGCUACCUUGUUGGGGUCAGCUGCCUCUGCCCUUUAAUAGUAGCAGAAAGGAGAGGAGGAUCACUAUCUUUCACCUUCCCUGCUUCUCCCCCCAGACACUUUUGGUGCUAGCUCCUGUCAGUUAUCGUCUCAAAAGAGUCUCCAGUCUUGUUGAUCCCCCAGAGCAGGAGCUCAUGCCCUACCACAUGUCAGUGGAUAUGCCCAUGAUUUGACUUGGGCCUUCAAACUUGGCCCUGUGACUGCUGCUAACUUUAAAGCCAUGCUGUUACAUUCCUGGGGAUUCAGCUCUGCCAUCCCCUAACACUGGGGACCACAUAAUGACCAGACCAAAACCUUUUAGACUUUAAUGCCUUUUUUAAAAAUAAAGAGAAAGCUGUGUAAUAAAUAA